GCGGCGGAGGCAGGAGCCGGUCGGAGCGACUGGGAAGGCGAGCAGGCAGCUGGCAGCCUAGAUAUUGCGAUGCUGCCGUUGCCGCCGCCGCGCUGGAGCGAGUAGGCAGCGCGCCGUGGGGUCAGUCGGUAGCCAAGGCGUCAUGGAGAGCCAGCUAGCGCGUUGCAAGAUCGUGGUGGUGGGCGACAGCCAGUGCGGCAAGACAGCGCUGCUGCACGUCUUCGCCAAGGACGCCUACCCCGAGAAUUAUGUCCCCACCGUGUUCGAGAACUACACAGCCAGUUUUGAGAUUGACAAGCAGCGCAUUGAACUUAACAUGUGGGACACUUCAGGCUCAACGUACUAUGACAACGUGCGCCCUCUUGCCUACCCGGAUUCAGACGCUGUUCUUAUAUGCUUUGACAUCAGCCGUCCUGAGACCCUGGACAGCGUCCCUAAAAAGUGGCAGGGAGAGACGCAGGAGUUCUGCCCUGGUGCCAAAGUGGUGCUAGUGGGUUGCAAACUGGACAUGCGCACUGACCUCAACACCUUACGGGAACUCUCCAAGCAGCGCCUUAUCCCUGUCACACAUGAGCAGGGCAGCAUGCUGGCCCGGCAGUUGGGAGCUGUGGCGUAUGUGGAGUGCUCUUCCAAGGUGUCGGAGAAUAGUGUGCGGGACGUUUUCCAUGUGACCACCCUGGCAUCUGUCAACCGCGUACACAAACACCUCAAGCGCAGCAACUCAAAGCGAGGGCUGAAGCGGGUCACGCAGGUGCCUGGACGGACGGACUUGUUGGCUGAUUCUGAGAUCCGCAAGGACCGAGCCAAGAGCUGCUCAGUGAUGUGAGAGAGGAGAGGCUGCCAUCUAGAAUUGUGUGACUUAUUCAUAUCUUUUUGUACAGUAACUGGUCAUGGGGAGGUCUCUGCACUGUGGGCCACAUUCCCCAGGACGUAGGUCUGGGAAAAUUAAGCCUGCAAAUUAGUGGGUCGGGCUGAAGUUGCAAAUCUUAUGCAUAUGGUGAAAACUUCUGGAUGGGCUAGUGUUGCACAGAAUACAGAAAUGCUCAGGUAGCAGACAUCCUCCAGAAGAAAGGAGCACAUCACUGUUUGUGGCACAGGUGGAAAGAAUGAGUCUUCAAAUCCUUGAUUAUUUUUGAGCUAGCCUCAGAUGUGUAGAUACCCAGGCAACCAGGUGUCUGGUAUUUUUCCAGCCAUGGCAUGUGGCAGUGUGCUAUGUGCAUGGACUCUGUGUGUGUGUGUGUGUGUGUGUGUGUGUGUGUGUGUGUGUGUGUUUCUGAAAUGUACGCACAGGUGAGGCUUAGGGCCAGUCACAGAAUAAAGAGAGCUGUGGAAGGAUUAUAGCAGAGUAUGGUCACUUUGAAGAGGAGACCAAACGGGGAAUGAUCCAGACCAAAUUUUGGUAGGGGAAUGAUCCAGAAGAUAAGUGGGCAGCUGCAGGAAAGGAAGUGAAGGGUUUUGUUAAAAGGAAACUCAUUUAAGACCCUGGGAGAGUUGGACAGGGCCCGUUUUGCGAACUUGUGAACAAAUUCAGAAUGCCCUGUAAAUGAGACGUUGUCAGAUGGGUACUAUUCAAACAGUUCAUCUCUUUUUGCCAACAGGCAAAGCCUUAUUCUGUUUUUCCCAUGCUGGAAAGCCCACAGCUCAGAACCUGUGUCUGCUAAAGCUCCUCCCUGCCCCACCCCGCAGCAGUCCUCCCUGCCCCACUCUCCAUUGCCUUGAGUUGUGUUGCAUGGCACCUGUGUGCCUCUUGUCUGCUUACGGAGAAGAAAGAGGAGGCGGAAAAACCUGCUUGUAUCGACUACAAAAGUCACGGGAAGAGGCCAGCAUUUCCCCGUUUCCCACUGCUGUUCCCCCACUGCCGCCUCUUGCUUCAGAUGCUUUUGACUGCCACACUGUGAUGAUGCAGAAGUGCUGGGGGCAGAAGAGUUCUCCUGAAAAAUCGAGAGAAAGGUAGCUCCAUUUCCUGUACCACAGGUAGUAAAUUAACCAUAAAAUUGCAAACCAGAA